UUUUUUAAAGUGAGCCUGUGGUGACAACGUAGCGGUUGAACCCAAAAAUAUCAUUAUGGUCUAGCGCUCUAACAAUUUCCAAUAUGGCGAACAUUUUGAGAAAAUGUUUUUAUAGCAUAUUUUUACCGAGAAAUAUAACUUCGAGAUCGUUUUCUCGCACGAAUUGCAAUGCCUCGAGUACCGUAGUUGAUGAUGCAGACCAAGAAAGCUUCGAAAAAAUGUUUAAGGAAACACAAUUUGUUAAAUUAGGUCGACCAGCUGGCAAAAUUGUUCAAGGGAAAAUUACGCAUAUUAUAAACGAUGAUAUGUAUGUAGAAUUUGGAUGGAAGUUUCACGCCGUGGUUAAAAUACCUCGAAGCAAAGUUAAUAGGUGAUGUGACGUUCCUGUUUUGCUAUUAAUAUACAAUCCCACAGAUACUGUAAAGUUAUGGGCCAUUUAUUGCUAAUUUUGUUCAUUUAUAUAUUCCCUUUUAGUCUUUCGUACAACGUUGGUGAUUCUGUAGAAGUAAAGAUAAACGAACUCGAAAUGACAGGACAUUUCCUUGGACAGUCUAAACGUAUUACUCUAUGUGAAGCAGACGUUUCGCUAGUCGAUAACAAAAUUUAGCCGCAAUAGUAUAAUAGACUUAAUAGGUUAAAUAUAUUAUUGUAAAUUAUUUAUAAAAAAAACAAACUGAAUAUUUUUGUGG